CACGCCGGUGAUGAAAGAGUCCUGCCUUCAUGAUGACAAUGGUGCGGUAGAUAGCAACAGCGGCAUAAAGCUUCCUACAUUUGCAGAAUCUGCGGAUGAUAAAACACGCGGCUACAACAGUGAGGGAUAUUAUAAAGAAGAAUUGUCUUUAGAUGCCGACAUAAAAAAAGCCUCUAAGGAAUCUCGUUUGAUACCAGUAAAGUUUUACACAAUGACCAACGGCAAUCGUAUAGAGAUUACCGUCAUCACUUGGGGUGCCACGAUCGUUUCUCUAAAGUUCCCUGAUAAGUACGGCCGUAUCGCGGAUGUUGUGCUUGGUUUCGACGAUUUGGAAAACUACAUGAAUCCCAGCAUCAAUCCAUUCAUAGGAUGCAUACUGGGUAGAUGUGCAAAUCGCAUCAGAAAUGGCUAUUUCACUAUCAAAGGUAAACCUUACCAGCUCACAACGAAUGACGUCAACAAACACCAUCUCCAUGGGGGUACGAAAGGCUUCGGUCGGCGGUUGUGGGAAUCGCACAUCGACGGCUGCUCAGUCGUUAUGAGCUACUUGAGCGAAGAUGGCGAAGAGGGCUAUCCCGGUGCAGUGUUGACCACGGUGAGGUUCAGCUUAACGUCCGACAACAAGCUGGAGAUAAAUAUUCGAGCCACAACAACAAACUCCACGAUAGUGAACAUCUCGCACGGCUCGCUGUUCAAUCUUGCUGGACAUGACGCUGGCAAGAAAGAACUGCUGAGGCACAGAGUCUCAUUGAAUUGCGAUCGCUGGACCUUCGCGGAUUACACCGAUCCGAUACCAACUGGUGACAUCCGAGGAGUUGGAGGAACCAUUAUGGAUCUGCGUGUGCCAAAAUUUCUGGAGAGCUGCAUCGAGAAGGUCCCCCCGGGAGAAGGGUACGAUCAUAACUUCUGCGUGACGCCCAGUUGGCACGGAGGUAGUGGAUAUGUUGCUCAAGCCGUUCAUCCAAGAAGCGGCCGCGUUUUGGAGAUUUACUCGAAUCAACCCGGUGUUCAGUUUUACACAAGCGGCCGAUUAUCAUCACGUACUAAGGUAUCGCCAGUUACACCAAUAAUCGAAGCAAUUUAUGCAUAUUGAAAGGUAAUUUUACCGUAGACCAAUAGUAAUAUCGGUGACGGUCGGGUUGGUGAUGAUAAAUCUGAUAAUGAAGAAGAGUAUGAGGAAGAAGCAAGUGAAGAAACGAAGCCAGAGGUGAUGCCUGCGACUAGACUGCCAAGUUUCAUUCUCGGGAAGAAAGGCGCUCGUUACGUCAAACAUUGUGCUUUCAGCUUUCAACCACAAAACUACCCAAAUGCGAUUAAUCAUUCACAUUUCCCUCAAUCCAUUCUACGACCUGGCCAGAUCUAUUGUCAUGAUUUAACUUACAAAUUUGGUAUCCAACUGGCCAAUUAUAUAUGA